AUGGUGAUCGGAUCCUCGUCACGCCUACUCAGAGCCCAACUCCGCGCUCGAAACUUCAGACGGAACUACAGCCAGGAAACAUCGCGGACGUCCGGAGGCUCUCGAAAAUGGGCUGGUCCUGCAGUGGCCCUCCUCGGAACAUUUACCGCGGCUACCGCAGCUUACGUUUGGAAAAGCCAGCAAGGACCACCAGAGGCACAGCCAUCCAGGCGAGUAGAGAAGGUCACAUUUGAAAAGUCCAAGAUCAAUACCUCUGUGACCGCAGAGCGGAAUCGCGAAAUUCUCAGUGCCCAGCAUGCACAGAUUAAGAAGAUGUCAGCCAAUCCUGGGGUCUAUGUUUGGGGUUCAAAUAGCCACCGCGUCGUCGAUCCGGAUUCGAAAGAAACAAUAAUUAAGGAACCACGCCGCUUGCGCUAUUUCGAGGGCCAAUUUCUUAGAGACAUCAAAUUGGAUCAAACCUCGGGGGCCGCUGUGACUGAUAAUGGCGAUUUGGUUCAAUGGGGCAAAGGAUACUCGGAAACCGACUUCCAGCCGACUCCGACUCUCGUGGGCAAGAAUUUGGUAAAGAUUAGUAUGUCACGGGACAGAAUCAUAGCACUUUCCUCCAACGGAAAUGUGUUUUCGAUUCCCAUCUCAAAGAAUGAUCAACAAUCAGGAUCAAAGCCAUCCGAGAGCUCCUGGUUGCCAGGGUGGUCCUCCAGAGCUCGAGUCAGCUAUCGGCAACUCGUGCCCCAGCUCGGUCUCGGCGAGAAGGUUACAUCUAUUAGCAGUGGUUUGGAACAUGUCCUAUUACUCACAAAUGCUGGCCGUGUGUUCUCCGCUGCCGCUGCAACCGAGGCAUAUCCCGCAAGGGGCCAAUUAGGAGUACCUGGGCUUACAUGGGCAACUCGGCCAAAAGGGCCCGUGGAUUACUGCCAUGAGUUAUCAACCUUGAAGGAUUCUAAGAUUGUGCAGAUAGCCAGCGGAGACUUCCACUCCCUGUUGCUCGAUAAGAAUGGGCGUGUUUUCAGUUUUGGGGAUAAUUCCGUCGGACAACUAGGAUUCGAGUAUGAUCCAGCUUCACCUGUGAUCGAUACACCGACGCAGCUCCCCAUGAAAGGCUUAUACUCGACCAAAAACUGGUCCGCUCAGGUUACGAGUAUCGCUGCUGGUGGUUAUACCAGUUUCAUCACCGUUGAUGCGGUACGGAAACUUCUAAUGGACGACACAUCCACAUCUUCGAAUCAAGGUGUUCCAAGUGUCGACACCUGGGCUUUCGGUAGAGGUAUUCACGGAGCUCUUGGGAAUGGUAAAUGGACACAUUUCCAGGAUAGCCCUAGCAAGAUGAAGGCACUCAGCGGUCUGAGUGAAUUUGACGAGAAGACCCAGAAAGUACAACCAAUUCGACCUGUCCAGAUAUCAGUCGGUGCUACACAUGCUGCAGCUGUGCUGGGAAAUAAUGCCCACUUGAACAAUGGCAAAAAGUCAUCCAUUGCUGAUAUCACAUGGGGCCAAGAUACACUAUGGUGGGGAGGCAAUGAAUCUCUUCAAGUUGGGACUGGCAAGCGAAGCAAUGUGCCCACGCCUGCCCAUAUACUUCCUCCGCCUGAUGUUGCGACGUCUACGAAUCUCGAUGAGGCUCGCUUUCAGAUCAUUCCAAGCAAACAACGGAUAGAGUGCGGCAGGCAGGUUUCUGCUGUCUAUUCGGUAAAAAUUUAA